UUCACAUCCAUUUGCUCACCAUUUGCUAAGUCUAAACGCAAACUGAGCACCAUGAGGCUGAGCCUGUGUCUUCUGCUGAUCGUUCUGGCUGUUAGUUGCUAUGAAGCUAAUGCUGUCACAGUCUGUAAAGCUGUUGUGAUGGAAAGCCUGACCUUCAUACUAGGUAGUAGGGAAGAACUACAGAGACAACUUGAGACAUAUUCGGCACCAGCAGAGGCUGUUCAAGCAAAACUGAAGGUGAAGGACUGUGUAGACAAGAUGAACUAUGGAGACAAACUUAGAGUGUCGAGAGUAUUGGAACAAAUUUUAAUCGAAUGUUAUGUGAGAGGAUGA